UUAUACUAGAGGUAAAUUUCUACCAGUGUCACAAAUUGUUGCUGAAAAUGAAUUGAAGAUAAUGGAAAUUGAAGUUAGUUCCUUAUAGUAUGAUCUUUAAAUACAAUCUGUUUUUGUGUUCAGAUGGUACUUAACAAAAACUGAGUACAGAGUGUGCAUGUACCAUGAUAAUGUAGAGCUCAUCAACCAUUUGUCAGCAUUAAAUUUCACAUUUUCCUUAUCUUAAUCCUCUUAAAUGCAAGGCAGAAAAGAAUGGGUCUUAUCUGAAGGACAAAUCUGCUGUUGCCCUAUCAGCAGGCACUAUUUCUGCAACUGGGCAGUAGCUGCUCAGCUGUUGUGUAGAGCAGUCAGUUCUGUUGCCAGCACACAGCGAUCCACUCCUUCCCACCAUGGAGUGCACAAUACCACCCCCAGACAGGCUCCGCAAACCACUGAUUAUCCCAUACAAGUAUAUGAUGAGUGCUGGCCCUGCAAACUGCACUCCACGUGUUCUUCAUGCUCUCUCUCAGGCUACAAUUGGUCCUCUUCAUAAGGAAGCAUAUGAGGUGCUGGAUGAUAUAAAGGCUGGUUUGCAGUAUGUCUUCCAGACAAAAAAUGAGAUGACUUUUGCAAUGUGUGGGUCAGGUACUCUGGGAAUGGAGGCAGCUUUAUUAAAUUUGUAUGAACCAGGAGAUACAGUUCUUGUUGCCUGUAAUGGUAUAUGGAGUGAAAGGGCAGCACAAGCUUCUGAAAGACAUGGGGCAACUGUACAUGUAAUAGAAACAACUCAUGGGAAGACAUUCACUUUGAAUGAGAUUGAGGAAGCAUUACAAAAGUAUAAACCACAGAUAUUUUUCAUAGUACAGGCAGAGAGCUCAAUUGGAGUUCUUCAGGAUGUGCAGCAUAUUGGACCACUGUGUCAUAAAUACAACUGCCUUUUGAUUGUGGAUGCAGUAGUAGGAUUAGGUGGAGUUCCAAUAUUUGUUGACAAAUGGGACAUUGAUGUUGCUUUUGCUGGGUCGCAGAAAGCACUUGGAGCACCAACUGGUACUGCACCAAUUACGUUUGGUCCUCGUGCAGUAAAGAAGAUGAUGAAUCGUAAGACCAAAGUCCAGUGUUUCUAUAUGGAUGCUUUGGAGCAUGCUAGGAACUGGAAGAGCUUGGGGCCUGAAGUUCCCAGGGGGUAUCACUAUACUUUGGCUAUGAAUCUUCUUUUUGGAUUACGUGAAGCUCUAGCUGAAAUUGUAGAGGAAGGGUUAGAAAACAGAUGGAAGAGGCAUCAUGAAAAUGCUGAGAGAGUCCGUGCUGGUGUUCGUAAGCUUGGUCUGGAAUUUUUUCCUUGUGAGGGAGAAACGCUCCUAGACAGUGUGACAACUGUCCGUGCAAAGCCAGGAAUUGACUGGAGGAAAGUAAGACACUAUGCAAUGGAUGUUUAUAAAAUGGAUCUGCCUGGAGGAGCUGGCAAAACUGCAAGACAGCUACACAGAAUUGGUCAUAUGGGAAGCAAUGCAAACUCAUACACUGCUGAUUUCACUCUGGAAGUCCUGAAGGAUGCAAUAGAACAUUGCAAAAUAAAUGAAUGAUUUCAGCAACGAAAGCCUUCUUGGGGGCAAGAGCCUUUUCACAUGCCAGUUUCAAAUGAUAUCAGUGCAACAGCAUGCCUUUUUGCCCAUACUUUGCAUCCAUCUUCCUGACAGUAAAAUAAAGCAAAUACAAACCCACAGUUCCAACAGCAGCUGAUGAAUGCCAAAAUUGAAGAGAGAUCUGUCUAGCACGUUUAAUGUUUACAUUUGGAAAGCACUUACUUAACUUUUCCCUUGCUAUUUACAUCAAAGACAUCAAAGAAUGUGUAAAAAAGCUGUGUGCCACCAAAGGAAAAACUUAACCAGAACACUAAAAUUAUUUGUUUCCCAUCAUAAUGUUGUGGAACAAUUUUCAAUCUUUGAGAUUAUUCCUCAUUUACUCUGGCAUGAUGUUAAAAUAGAUUUUAAAAGUAAUGCUGUAGUACAAAAUAAAAAAUCAAAUAAAUCAUUUUACAAAAAAUA